AUGGAGUUCUUAACAUUGAAGAUCAUCUUGCUGGUGUUUAUGGGCAUCGUCCCGUUUGUGUUUGCUCUAAUUCCUUUGCAAGUAAGUAGCCUCAACACGAAGAUCAACUACUUUUUAACCGGUCUGUUUACGGUGUGUGUCACGAAAUGUCAAAAGAGCUCGGUUUUUUGUGACAUUUUGUCCAGGACUCCGUAAAAAUCCCAAUUCGAAUAUAGUUGUUCUUGCUUUUGAUUAUGAUUUUACAACACAAUCUGUAUUGUAGUUGUAUAAAGUUCUGGUCAAAUCCAAGGGACGAUUGGGAAAGAAUGCGGAGACUACCAUCUCGUUGUUGUCCUGCUUUUGUGGAGGCGUAAUCCUUGGAGUUUGUUUGAUUGAAAUGUUGCCAGACGCCAGGUAAGGCAAGAAAUCAUUACAUUAAACGUAAUACUUUUUCAGGGAAGACUGGGAGAAAGCCAAGGGCUAUAUGGAAUACGAGAGUGACUACCCUUAUGUGGAGUUGCUAACGGGAGUCGGAUUCUUCAUUGUCUACUUCGUAGAGGAGUUUCUGAACCAAAUGUGUGGAUUAAAACAUGAUCAUGAGGAUGAGGGGGUCGACGAAGUCUUAUCGUAUGUUUAUUGUAAAAGAAUAUCGCACAAUAAUCGAUUUCAUAAAUCCAAGGACACUGCGAAAUAAAACAAAAUCUGUUUCAGAACAUUUGACUCUGAUUUUGACGAAGCUCCUGAAAACGUCAGAGACAAAAGAGAUGCCGAUUUGAAUCCCUUGAAAGAUGUCCACUCCAAGAAGGGGAUUACCAACGUUCUGGCAUUUGUCCUCGCUCUUGUCUUUCACACUUCCUUGGAAGGAUUUGCUUUUGGAGUUCAGAGAAAUGUGAUUUCAAUGUCCUCGCUUUUCUUUGGGAUCAUCACUCACAAAGCUUUGGUGGCCUUUAGUUUUGGGAUGAACUUGGCCAAACACUUGUCUCAUAACAAGAUCCUGGUGGUCAUCUUGGUCUGCAUUAUCUCCUUAUCCAGUCCCGUUGGUGGAAUGAUCGGGAUUUUGAUAGAAGUGAGCCAAAUCUACGCUUUGAUCUGCAACUUCCUGUCUAAUUCAUGAAAUUUUAAUUCGUAUUUUAGAACUCAGAAAUGGAUGCGACUUCCCGUUUUGUCGUCUCUACCAUACUCACCAGUUUCUCGGUUGGAACUUUUAUUUACAUUGCCUUCUUCGAGGUAGGAAAUGUCACUUUUAUUCAUUGUUUAGGUUUUGGCCCCAGAACAUGCAAAUCAUCAGCCUCCGUUGCUAAAAUGGGGUUCUUGUUGUUUGGGAUACUUCACAAUGGCCGGAUUCUUGGCCUACAAGCAAGAAGAGUGA